CUGGACUAGGGGCUUGGUCAGCCUAAUUGGAUAGGAUAGUUAGAAUGGCCUUCUGCACCUUGUUGUUCCAUCGUGUAACUAAAAGAUGAAACCGACCAAAGGGAGGGAGAGGGGGAGGGUCAAUUUUAGAACCUCCCUGUUGGACAAGCGCUAAAUGCAAAGCAAAUGCAGAUAUGCAAAUGUACCUGGGAGUUGGAGUUGGAGUAUUUAUUAUCCUCUAUCCUCUAUCCUCGUUCUUGUCUUUGAUCUAAGAGCUUGGCUUUUGGAAGAAAGGCUUAUUCUUUAUGUUGGUUGCUUUACAUACACCUAUAUACGUACACCCAUAUACGUACAUACGUACAUACGUAUACAGAUAUAUAUAUAAUUUACGCUACCAUGGCAAACAUCACCUCCCUCCAUCAAUUCCGCAAACAAAAUACCUUCAAAUCUCUCCAUGAACGAUGGGCAGAUUCCCCAGACGAAUCCUGCAACCAACCCCCAUGCCUUCUAGACGACGACGACGACGACGACAUCACUCCUCUAACCGGGUCUUCACGCCCCCCAUCACAUCAACCCCCCAGCUCAUUCACCCUCAACCCGCGGCGUCUCUCCGUCCGUCUCAAGUCCCGACCUCAUCCUCAUCAUCAUCAUCAUCAUCAUCAUCAUCAUCAUCAUCAUCAUCAUCACCCUGCUGCCCCCCCCACCGACCAAAGUCCUUCGCCGCAGUCUACCAGCGACGCCAGAGCCGGCCGGGCAGAAUUCGUCUACAAGCCUAUUCACCAGGACUACCCGACUAUCGUUGCCAAGAAGGCUGCGUCCCAGACCCGUCCGGCCCCGCGAUACCAGUAUAUUCCUACGGUUCCGGCGCGGGGACGAUACCUGGAGGAGUUUACGAUGGUGGCGCCGCGAUCCCACUGCUCCGGGGAUGAGAUUUACCAAGGAGAUGAGGAUGGGGACGAGCAUGAACAUGAGCGCCAUGGUUACCGCGAGCCAUGCGGUGGGGAGUGUCGAGAUGCGGGCUCGGAGUCUGCCAGUCGACGCAUGAGUUUCUUGAGUCCGCGGAGGGAUUAUAACAGUGCUUCGAGAACGAGACGCAGUCGGGCGGCCAGACGGUUGACCACCGUGAUGGUUCCUGAUGCAGAGGAUAUUUAUGGAUGA